AUGAAUUGGCAUUAUUCAAACCCACUACCUGAAUGUGAGGCAAUAUUCCCAUGGCUUCAUGGCAUCCAUCAUUCUAAUCAAAAUCAAAGAGAUUUCCUAAAUUCAUUAAUGAAUUUCACAACUAUUGAGAAGAAUAACUUUGAUGCAUUCAAUACCAAAAACAAAAUACCAUCAACAAGCAGGUGUCUUAUGCCUGUGAGAUCUAACUGUAUUCAGAAUAAACAUGAGAGAGUUGUUAAGAACUCAGGUGUUUUGAAAGGUUCUGUCAUGCCUGAAGAGAUUCUUUGCCCUUUAGAUGUAUCUAAACAAGAUUUAUUGAUUUUAUUGAAUAGUUUUUUGAAGGAUUUGAAGAUACAUGAAACAAAUGAAGAUGAUUUUGAAAACGUCUUGAGAAUUCUUUUCCAAGAUUGUGAACUAAUGGGAUUAUUACCUAUUUUCAAAAAUUUAGAUCCAGUUAAAGGUAUCUCCUUAAGAAACUUCCAUAUCCAAGUUUCAAAAUUAUCACAAAUUUCAGAUUUCAUUGUUUAUUGUUUUAACGAUUCACAUCUUGACUCUUCAGACUCUGAACAUAUAUCAUGUCAUUGUGCUUCUGUUGCUAGACUUUUAUAUUUUGCUCAAUUGAAACAUGCUAUUGACUAUCCAGAGUUGAUUGGUUCAAUGUUUACAACUUUGAUUUUACAAGAUAAUGAUCUAUCGUUUUUCAGGAAAACAGAAUCAAACCAAAGAUUAUUGGCUAUUGAUAAGAUUGAUGAUAGAGAUACCAAAAAGCCAAUUGGAAAAUUUUGUUCAUUGUAUGAUUUUGAAUCUUUCAACAAUUGGGAUACAAAUUACUUAUUUAGAGAAAAAUUAGAAAUUUCAAGAAUGUCUACAGCUACACAUGUUAUGAAAAAUGUUUGGUUUGGGAAUACAACUGACUUUGAAGUUUUAAAAUUAAAAGGACCAAAACCUUUCGAAAGAUUAAAUGGUGAUUCUACACUUCCUCUUUACGUUGACCCAUCAUUUUCCACUGUCACUGUCACUAGAGAUCGUUUAUUAAAUGACAAAGAUGAUGAAGCUUUAAUAACUCCAGCAAUGGCCAACUGGAAAUUAUUUGUUAAUUGUUGUGAAGGUUCAAAUUUCCCAAAUUUGAAACUGUUGAGGUUUUUAUUAGCAAGUAAAAGCGAGGAUUUGAUAAAUCAACAAACUCAUUUGACUUUUCCACCUUCAGGAUCAAUUGGUAUUGGUGAUUGUACUGAUGAUGAUCUGAUAUCAUUAAUCAAUACUUGUAAAUUAUUAUAUACAAGGUCUUCUCAAGAUACACCAAGUUUAAUAUACUGUUCAGAUGGUUAUACAGAAUCUUCAUUGCUAGGUGUUUGUUUUGCAAUUUAUGCAAGUGGUGAACCAUUAACAAAAGUUAUUGUUGAUCUACACACAUUACAUGGUCGUCCAUUUUUUUUAUUCCCAACUGAUGUUCAAUUAAUUUCAAGACUGGAGGAAUUAUUACUUCAUUAUUCACCGGUGCAUUCGAAAAAAUUUGAACCAAAGACAUUAGAAACUAUUGAUAAACAAUCGAUAUAUAAGCAAUUAUAUAUAAAUGGGAUUCCAACUUGGUGUACAAGACUUAAUGGGUCACUACCUUCAAGAAUAUUGGGUCAUUUAUAUUUGGGAAGUUUACACCAUGCAAAUUGUCCAGAAUUAUUGGAAAAUUUAGGUAUAACAAGGAUUGUAUCAGUUGGUGAAAAACUAAAUUGGGAAAAUGAAGAUGAGUUGCAUAGAACCAUAAUUAAUAGUAAUAUUUCAGUUAUCAAUGGUAUUCCAAAUACUCCAAUUGAGAAAGUUAUGUGUGUCUCUAAUAUUCAAGAUGAUGGUAUUGAUACAUUAACUCAUAAUUUAAAAGAUAUUUUAGAAUUUAUUGAUGAAGCUUAUCAAAAUAAUGGUAAAAUUUUGGUUCAUUGUCGUGUUGGAGUUUCAAGAUCUGCUACUGUUUGUAUUGCUGAAGUUAUGAAAAGAUUGAAAAUUAAUUUAAUAAGGGCAUAUAUUUAUGUUCGAGUUAGAAGGUUAAAUGUUAUUAUUCAACCAAAUUUAAGAUUUAUGUAUGAAUUGGUUAAAUGGGAAGAAAGUGAAAGAUUAAUCAAUUCUAAGAAAAAAUUACUAGAGGCAAAAUCUUCAAUCACAAAUAGUCCAGUUGAUAGCGUUAUCCCAAAGCACCCAAUUUCUGGAGUGGAAUUAUCGAAAAAGCUAUCAGAAUCUGCAAAUUCGCCAAUUAGAAUUGCAUCAACUGCUUUAGAUCAAGUGAUUGAAGAUGAUGACGAUGGUGCAGAUAAUGGUUCGGUUGAUGAAGAUUAUGACGAUUCGGAGAAUAAUUAUUGGUUGCGUGAUGUUGAUUGGCAUAUAUUGUGUAGGGAAAUUGAUCUUUUGAAUAAGACUUAUAUUGGGGUUAAAUGA